CAUGAAGCACGUUGUCACAACAAUUGAUGGGYUAUCUAUCUACCUUCGCUAGAACUGCAGUGCCGUUUUCGCUACCGGCUGGAGAAAAGUACUCGUACAACCAUGACUGGACAGCAGGAGAGGGAGCUGUACUGGUACGAUGACGCAACCUACGACAUUGGCUUUUAUAACUAYUACCAACGAACGGUGGAUCCAAGCCCAUGGGCGUUCAUAGUUUGCCUCUUGUUCUGUAUCAUAAUGGCGCUGCUGCUUCCCCGCUAUCUUGCGUACUAUCGAUCAAUUCAUACGAGUAAYUUAAAGAAAGCAUAUUCAAGCAAUAAUAUAAUACAGCUCUGGUCCCAGGCAUWUAGGGCAAACGACGCGGUUCCAAACGGCAACAACGACGAGACGAUCAGGACGCAGAACAAAAGAAAUAUCUACCUUCCAUCGCUAAACGAAGAAAACGAGUCUGGUGAGAAUUCGGAGAAGGACGAGGAAGCCAACGGGUCAUUCCGACGGAAGGUGAUGAGGGAAAGGGCGUUGCAAUCACUCUGUCACUUCGUUCGCGCACCAAAAAGCGAAAUCGACAAUUGCAUCAAUAGUCAAUCCAAGACUGAAGAGACGCGGGUUCCCACAACRGACUAUACUAGCAUGGAAGAUCGUGCAUGUGACGACGAUGCUAAGAACGACAUCGAUUCUUCGGGGUAUGGAGAAUUUGUAACCACGGAAGCUGAAAUACCACCAAGCCAGGAUCUGACGGAACCAAACGAUGCGAACGAUCCACUUCCUCCCGAAUAUCUGUAUGAUGACCUCACCAGGGAUGCGGAAUCAUGUGUAUCAUCUGUUUUGUCYGAGAACACGAAUCCUUUUCACAUAAUCAAGAACGAUUUCAGAGAUUUCACAAGAAACAGACAUCCCGACRAAAGUGUAUCUGUAGCUAGCGGCUGGGAAGAAGACUUUGAUCCGUCGACGCAAAACACGAUAUACUUUCAUCCCGCAACAGGAGCUAGAACCACAGAAAAACCCUUGGAACCACAUUCUGAGAACUUUCGCCCGUGGUACCUGUUCUAUACCUCGCCUUCCUUUCGAAGAAAAAUGCGAAAAUGCAGCAAAUGGGACGACGAGAUGCAGAAAAUCAUAGGCCUCGCCCUCCCGUACACUGCUCACACGAUAGCCGUUGAUAUAUUUGGAUUGCUGGAGGUUGGUGUCAUUGGAAGAUUACUMGGUACGACCGAGCUAUCUGCCUACUUUGCCACAGAAUUUGCUAUCAGCUUUGCAACCAUGUUUUUUCAUGGCAUUCUGGCGAGUUUAAAAGUUCUAGUGAGCCAGGCCCACGGAGCAGACAACAUAAGGUUGGCAGGAACCUAUGUCCAAAUCGGCGUGUGGACGCACCACCUAUUUUCUUUGCCGCUGGUUCUCUAUGGUUGGAAUCAUUUCGAUGAUGUCGUACUCCGUUUGGGUCUUGACGAAGGAACAGCGGAGUCUGCCGACCAAUACGCUAGAUUUGCCUUGAUCUACGAAGCGAUAGGAAUUUACGACGGUGCCUUGCACUGUGUUUUGGACGUCACUGGACAUGAAAAAUACUCGGCAAUAUCGAACGGAUUCCGUGCAUCUUUAAGCUUCCUUGCAGUCCUCAUUGUCUCUGUUAUGUUGAAUAAGGGAGCUGAAUUGUGGAUGGUAGGAGCAAUCCAUUUGGUCGCGAAGGUGUUCUUUUUCUUCUUCAAUAUGUCGGUAAUCCURUACCAAAAAUGGCUGGAUAAUUACUGGAGUGAAAUGGUGGGYAACAAUCCGUUCAGUCACAUGGCCCCGAUUAAAACCUUGUGGAAGGCUAGUCUCCGUCUUUCGUCCGGUCGAGUGAUUGAAAAUUGCGAAUGGAACAUUCUUUUUGUAUUCUCUGCKAUACAAGGUCCUGCAGAAGUUGCAAUCUGGGGUUUGGUUGGGGAGCUUUGGGACUUUGCUGACGAUAUUGUCAUAGCUGUUUCCGAUGCAUCCAAAGUCCGAUGCGCACAUCUCUUGGGGUCGGGUCUACCGGAACAGGCGAAAUAUUGUUCGGAAAAAUCRCUAUUUAUAGGUGUUGUUACUUCGAUAAUCAUGUCGGUAUCACUUGGAAUUCUGAGAUCGAAUAUACCGAGAUGGUUGACUAAUGACUUUACAUUGCAACGCUUAUUAGGGGAUAUGAUUCCGAUGGUAUGUCUUGCUGUGGCGACYCUAUCGUUUGGAAGUCUAUGYUCCUCUAUAUUGUGCGCUCAGGGUCGUGCACAUCUGGCAACUGCUGUCACAGGCUUUGGCAGCCUUGCAAUAGCUUUGCCACUUGCAUUGAUGUCAAAUUUCUGUUUCAAUUUGAAUCUGCAAGGCCUCAUAGCUUCGCUCAUCAUUGGCUAUGCUACUUCUGGCUUCUGCAACUCAAUUCUGAUGUUGACAUCAAACUGGACGCACAUCUCGAGAAAGGUUAGAAAAAGGACGAGUCGAAUYGAAGUSAAGCUCGAAAAGGAUAAGAUGCUGUAUAAUGCCACAACAGACACAGCAGUUGUGGAUGGAAAGGUUGAAGCUUCCGGGGAUUUAACUUGACGUGYAGUUUUGGUCGAUACGAAYKAGGUACAAAUGCAGGAAAUACCGACACGACUCUUCCAGAAAGUCCACCAUGGUCGAUUUUUCUUUCUUGUUAUGACAUGGUCGGAAAGUUCAUAUUAUAAGGAAAGAUGCGGAUCGUGAGCAGACAAGACUUCAUCUGUUACCAAGAUUGGAAAGUAUUGUUUUCGACACNUCCUCCGUAUCAGCAAACUCCUUCGGUUGCUUCCUCCGUACCAGCAAACUCCUCCGCAUUGCUUCCUAUGUAUGAACUAAACUCCUCCGUAUCAG